CUUCCCCAAAGUUCACUUUUUGGAGUUCAGCUGCAAUGCAACUUUAGGUUUUGGCCGCGUAGCGCACAAUGAUGACAGGGUAUCGCCUAGUUUAUUUUUAAGCAAAAAUGCACAUGUUAGCACGUUUGUUAAAUAAGAAAAAUAGGCACCAAGAAAUGGACUGGCGGUGGACUGUUUUUACCCUGAUCCUAAACUUUCACUUCACCUUUGGGUCCCCGUCUUAUUAUGACUUAUUCCACGGGUCUGCGCACACUGGAGCGGUCCACAGACACAGAAAUAGGAACUGGUGCGCCUAUGUGGUGCAGAGGAACGUGAGUUGCGUGGUGCAGGGGAAUGGGGCGAGCUUCCAGGAGCCUGUGGUGGCCCCCUGCCCGGCCUACCAGCCCGAUUGCCAGCAACAAGUGACAUACCAAACAGUGUUUAGACCCACGUACAAGAUUGCUAUCAAAACAGUUACUCAGCUAGAGUGGAAAUGCUGUCCUGAGUACAGAGGUCCCAACUGUAAGGAUUUAAAGCCACCCACAGAUCGGCAAACAGUGCAGGGAGCAUCAUCUCUCCAACCAAAUCCUGGAUACUCACCCAGACACACACAGAGGGCCGAGAGGAGGGAGACUCCACAUUAUGAGACUCAACAUGGCAUCACGGAUAAGGUGCGUUUUCUCGAACGUGAAGUUCAGCGUCUGUCCCAGACGGUCUCGGAUCUUCAAUCCACUUUAACAGGAUUAGCCACCAACCUCCGCACAGACCUUCAGGACGACACAAAAAAGAUGCUGGAGACACUCCUGAACAACAUGCGUCCUCCAGAAACUAGCAGCAAUGCAGAGGAAACUCCAGUGGUAAUAGACGGGCAUCAGGCAACCAGGGGAGGGAUUGGUGGAGAGAAAACCCUUGAGAAAAUUGAAGCUCGCUUAGAUGAUAUUGACAAUGCUCUGCGAAACAAGGACGAAGCUUUGGAAGAUCUAAGGGGAAUCUCAUUAAGUCAUGAGGGGCAGAUACGUGUCUUAAUGGAUGCCUCUCAGUCUCAGACUCCAGCAAUAGCUGAUUUUGAAGGCAUACAAACCUAUGUUGAUGGAAAAAUUGAAAAACUGAAGAAGGAGCUGGACGAGAAUGUAGAGGAACAAAUGGUCAAGUUACAGAACCUUUGUAAUGACAAGAUCUCGGCAGUGCAAAAGACUUGUGAAGAUAGCCAUGACCAAGUUGGUGUGAAGUUGAGCAAGCUUCUGGAGAGCAAAGAGGCUGACCUGAGAAAAGAGAUCCGAACAAUACGUUUGAACAUGGCUGCUUCAGAUGGGCCUGUGCAGACUUCAAGACAGACAGAACCAUCUGAAAAGAAGGACUACAGCGACCAUAAAGACAUAUGGCGCGAAAUUGAUCGCAUAGCAGAGGCUCAUCGAAUCCUUAAUGUCCGUUUUGACAAUGAACUAGGUCACUUAUCAUCCCUUCAGGAAAUUGGUGAUUUAGGUGUACUAAUUCAAGAACUGGAGGCACGUGUGAAUAUUACUGAACAAAAUGCAGAAACUCAUUGUUUCUACAUUGAAGAUAAGCUGACACGGAUAAUUGCAGAUGAAGUGGAAGCACUCCGGCAAUUGCUGGAUCAGCGCCUGAUCACAGCUGAGGACCAGUUCACAAACAUCCUGGUGGAAAUGAGCAACAACUCCUUCCCAAGAGUGUCUGGCGACUCGACGGCUGCCCUAGAGACAGAGAUCAACAAUAACAAACUCCUUCUGAAGGGGUUGAAUCAGAAAGUUAAGGCUGUUGAAGACUUGUGCUCUGCUGGAUGUCCAGGCUCUAAAAUUAUAACUGAUCAAGGUAGAAUUGCAUUCGUGCCCGGUCGUGUAGAAAACAUUGUGACGGACCUGAAUCGUUACAGGAAUGAUUUGGAUGUUCUUCGCACAGAUGUAAGUUCUAACACACAGAAGCUCCAACAACUGGAAAAUCUUUUUAUAAGACAGCCAGUUGGAAAUGAGAGACAAGUAAAGGCCACAGAGGAUUUCCAAAAGGGACUGAUAAAUCUCCAGGAUAAUGUUCUUGCUUUGGCUGGUGCAGUUACUGGGUUAACUGACUCCAUGAGUAAAUCUAAGCAGGAUAUCCAACAUAUAAGCUCAACGUGCUGUAAUGCAGAAGUAACUGGCCGUGGAAUGCCAUUACAGCCCAACUUAGCUUCUGUUGAUGGCACCAGCCGUCAGAUACAAGAGCUGAAGAACAGACUUGAUACACUUAACACACAGGUAUCUUCUGAACUGAACAAUUGUAGGCAAAAUACUGAUGGGAUCUCAGCAAUAGGUGGACGUGUAAGCCGCCUCGAAAAUAUUUGUGGAAGGUUGGAUGGAGUUUCUCUUAACAUCAGAGAAUUGAAAAAUGGACUGGAGCAACAUGUUGGGGGCCUGCAGAACUGUGUCCAAAGGAUGAACGUAACUUGUGGAAAUCACGGAGCAGAGAUCACCUCACUGUCAAAUUCCUUGCGGAAACUCCAGGCACAGAUGUCCAUGAUAACUAAGCAUGUUUUGAAGGAUGUUGCUGCUAAAGAGCCAGGAAUGACACUGAGACCAGAUCGCCCCUCUUCUUUGCCUGAUACAUCUCAGAGAAGAGCCCAAAUCAAACAAAUCCACUUCCCCGUCAUCAUUCCUCCACCGUCCUCGGGCUCCAACCAGCCUACACAGGGCAACAAACACGCAAUCAGGAUCAGUAAACCAAACCAGCCAUUGAAUCCCCAGCAUCCCCAUUUGCCGACGCUGCCUCUGGUUCCUGUAAGGCCUGUGGUGGAAACAGGAGAGGCCGGACCUCCGGGAUACAUCCGACGACUCAAUGUGCGCAGAGGAGCCGAGGACUCAUUGAGCAAACCUGUCCAAGGGUUUGCUGGAGCGCCAGGCUAUCCUCCUCUGCAGUCUAUGCCUUCCGAGCCUAAACCAGCCAGCCAAGGAGAUUCAGUGAACAGCAGCAUCUCUGCAGACCAGUUCUCCUUCUCUGCUGGCCUCACACAGAGCCCAACCUUCAGUGAUGAUGUUGGGCUCAACAUCAUUCUCUUUAACAAGGUGCUAGUCAACGAUGGAGGACACUACAACCCCCAAACAGGAGUUUUUACUGUUCCACACAGGGGCCGAUACUCGAUUUCAGGCUUGCUGACUGCAAAGCAGGGCGACUGGAUAGAUGCAGUGCUCUCCGUUUCAAACCGCAGUGUACACAGACUCAGGAGCUCAACCAGGGCCUCGGACGGUGCUAACUGCGCCUGUGGAGGAACCGUGUCCUUCAGUCUGAUUCUACCACUGAGGAAAGGAGACCGUGUCAGUCUGGUGAGGACCGAAGGCCAGCUGGCCUCGACUAACUCCGGGGAGGUUCUUUCCACCUACAGUGCCAUUUACUUGUACUCGCCGGCGGCCAAAAGUUAGCCAGAACGCAGUUGAGACGCUCAUUAUCAGACGCCCGGACUGGACGGAAUGAUGAAACCUUAUUUUACACUGACUUGCUGGGAUGCUGCAGAUUAAUAUGCUGUGUUGUUGUGUGAACACUCCCAGUAAUAUGUUCAUUUAAGAAGCUGUUACAUUGCAAGCCACUAAUAGAAAGACACCUGAGCUCGAGAGGCAGGGUUUGUAUCUAAUAUAUUGUUACAAUGAAAUUUUGUAUCUAUUGUGAAUUGUUUACCAAUAAAAUGCAUAAAAACUUGA